GUCGCUCGUCUGCAGUUGUGCAUUUUGGCCGUCGUGUUUGCGUGACGCAGCAGCUGGGCUCGAAUAUUGACCAACCAGUUUGUUUGUUGUAACAAAUCUCAACAUACAGUCAUCAUGCUAAAUUCUGCACGCCUCAAUCCGUGCGACGCAUACGACUAAUCAGCGGAGGAAACGAGGCAGCCAAAAACUCAUUUUGCCAUGGAUGCGUCAAACGUGUAGCUUCAUGUUUGAACGUGCAUGAUCAUCCGUUGAUGUAACGCCGUCUGCUCUGCAGUUAUCUGUAUCCCUUGGUUGGAAACAUGGAUUACCUACCAUGGCUGCAUGAUAUGGUCAACGGGGAGGGACGGAUGGAGAACGGGAGUGGGGUGCGGAAGAGCGAGAAGCACGCCAGUGAUGUGCACGUGGAGCACUGCGCGGGCUGCUUCCGCAGUCAGUGCUCCUUCGGCCAGACCAUGACGACGCGGAAUGGGGGGACGGGGACGGCGCGGCUGUGUCCCGUGGUGAUCUGUGCCCGCUGUGAUCUGCGCAUGCACCGCUGUAAGCUGGAGGAGCACGUGGAGAACCUCUGCGCGGAAGCCGUGGUACCGUGCAUCAAUGCCGGAAACGGAUGUGAUAUGAAUAUGAAACGAAAAGUCCUGGGAAAGCACUUGGAAGAAUGCCCGGCCAGCAUCAUCUUCUGCUCCGUGGAGUGGAACCGCUGGCCGCUGCACUACACCGACAAGCACUCGCCUCUCCCCUUCUUCCUCCCGAACCCCCACGGCCAUCCCGAGCAGCUGGACAUGGCGUUGGCGCUGCGCGACCAGACCUGCCUCAACGUGGCGUACUCCGCGCCGCGGCACUUCAAACGCCUGCGGAAUGACUUAACGGAGCGGUUUCCGGCGGUGCCGCUGCCCAGCAGUCGACCGGUGCCGGAAGUGAUACUACGGGAGCGCCGGGAGAACGGGGAGGGCGGGGGCGGGGGGAUGGAGUUGAGCCGUGAUGGCUCGGUGGAGUCGGAGGAGGAGUGGAGCUGGUCGGAUGCGCCGUGGAAUAAACGCAAGAAUCCCCCGGGGCUGAGUCGCAGUUUGUGUAGUAAGCUGUACCAGGCCAGUCGCCAGACGACGGAGACGUUGAAGGCCGCGUUGCAGAUGAUUACGGAGCAGGACAAUGGGAUGGACGAGGAAGACAGUCUGCGCGAUCUGGACAGCGUGGAUGCCGAUGACGAUGUGGCGGAGAUGGGCGGCAGUGUGAAUAUGGUCAGUUCGCCGGCCACCACCAUGGAGUCCGUCCUGGGCAUCGCCGUCGACCCCGCGCCGAUCCCCGGUGAACCGGAAGGGAUGGCGUCCGUUUCGCCGGUCCCCAUCCCGCCGCCGCUGCAUCACCCGGUGGCGCUGGGUCUCAAUCUCACCGUCGAGACCAUCACCAGAUAUCAGACCAAGCCGAAGUCCAUGCUGACGUUCGUGUGCGGGCAGACGUUCCGGCGCAGCGAAUACGCCGGGCACUACCGCAACGUGCACAGCGAGAUCCAGGGCGGGCUGACGUGGAUUGAGCAGCGCUGCCCCCUGGCGCAGUACGGCUGUCCCUUCUCGCUGCGGCGGAUUUAUCCCAGCCGGCCCGAUGCCACCGUCAUCCACUCGGCCGAGCUGCAGAGCUUCGGGAUCCGUCGCACCGCCUGUGACGCGCAGCUGCGCAACGACACCGGCGGGGAUUAUUUAUCGGAACUGCCGCCGGAGAUCUUGACCAAGAUCGUGCGGAAAUUAGACGGAUACUCAUUGAACAGUUUUUCCCGCGUCAACCGCCGCUUGCGGCAGUUAUGCGUGGGCGUUCUGGAGAAGCAGGGCAUGGUGCAGCAGGAAUGGAUUCGUGCGCCCAACAAAAAGUGGAAGAUCGGCUUCCAGCGGUGGACGUUCAGCUGCGCGUUUGACGAGGUGGAAUCGUGGGCUAUCCGCGCCCAGAGCACCGGCCAGCACCUACUGCACUGCCCCUUCUACCGGCGCCUGCGCCACACCCGUCCCGUCCCCCUGCUGGUCAGUCAUCGCGGCGCCGACCCCGCCGUCCUGCAGCGCCUGGAGGCCGCCGCCGUCCGCUGUCGGCCGGCCGCCAACGAGGAGCUGGUCGUGCCCGAGUGGAGUCACAGCUGUGAUACACUGCGCUGCUAGUCCGCUGAUGCACACAAGUGCUGCUGGUGGUUUCUAUUUUGUGAUGGAUUUUUGGUUUUGAUUAUAAAGUGCCGGGGUGAUGUUUGUGUCCCGGUUAGGGGUGGAGUUUGUUGUCGAUGUUUUUGACCAGGGUGAGAGUUUUUUUUAACGUGGAAAGUACUGCAGAUCAGAUGGGUUUAUAAAUGAAUUAAUUUG